AUGUCUGCCAUUGCAACUUUAGAUUCAGUGUCUGCUAUUUGGCCCGUAACUGUCUAUUCUAGACCCGCUACUAGUGUUAAAAGCAUUAUUAAUCUCUCGGAGUUCAUUAAUGAAGCUGAGAAUGAAACUUACACAAAUCCGUAUGCUCCUCAUGUAAUGAGCGGUGUUGAUAAACUGCAUGCCCAGGGAUAUAAAGGUGAGGGUAUUUCUAUUGCCAUCAUAGAUACUGGUGUUGACUACAGGCAUCCAGCAUUAGGUGGAGGCUUUGGCUUGGACUACAAGAUUCAGUUCGGUUAUGACUUUGUUGGCGAUAAUUAUACUGGAUAUAACUUUGGCAUUCCUGAUCCAUAUCCGCUCGAUUGCAACGGACAUGGUACACACGUGAGUGGUAUUAUUGGCGCUAACACUCCUGUAUUCACGGGUGUUGCUCCAAAUGCCACUCUUGGAAUGUAUCGAGUUUUCGGAUGUAGUGGUGGUGCUGCAAACGAUGUCAUCAUUGCUGCCUUUAGUGCUGCUUAUGAAGCUGGUGCUCAAAUUAUCACCGCUUCUCUUGGUGACGCCUCUGGAUGGACAGAAGAUCCGUUAGCGGUACUUGUGAGCAGAAUUGCUAGAGCCGGUGUAUCUUGUACUCUUGCUGCUGGCAACGAAGGCGAUGCUGGAUUAUUCUUCGCUUCAACGCCAGCAAUCAGUAUUGAUGCCAUUGCUGUUGGGUCGGUUGAUAGUAUUACGAUCCCUCGAGCAGUGUCUCAUGGAUAUUUUGCUAUCAACUCGGGACUCAAUACAACUUUUCAAUACUUUCCUGCAAAUAAUCCAUAUCCUACAAACAUCUCUGGAUAUUCACUGUAUGCUCUUGACUUCAAUACAAGCAAUCCAGCUGAUGCUUGCACUGAAUUACGAUGUAAUACAUCAUCGUUGUCGGAGAAAAUUGUUCUGAUUCGUAGAGGCACAUGCACCUUUCUCCGUAAAAUUGCUAAUGUUCAAAAGUGCGGUGCUCAAUAUAUUAUUUUCUACAACAAUGAAAAUCUCAUUGUUAAUCCGCAGAGUCCAAAUGGAGUUGUAUCAGCCAUGGUUUCAGCUGAGUUAGGUAAUCAGUGGAUCAUCCAUCUAAAAGAAGAACGUACGGUUACCUUUUACUUCCCGGCUAAUUCAACAACAACUAUCCUCGAUAUACCCAACAACAUUACAGGUGGCACAAUGAGUAAAUUUUCGUCAUGGUCUCCUACAAAUGAGCUGUACGUCAAGCCAGAAGUUUCUGCUCCUGGUGGAAAUAUCUUAUCGACUUAUCUUACUGAUAUGGGUGCUUAUGCUGUACUUUCUGGAACAUCUAUGGCCACACCUUAUAUUGCAGGCAUUCUUGCGUUAUACAGAAUCUUUAUCGAAAAUUUUGGUCAAUCCACAAUUAAUACUUUUGCACCUGGUGAUUCAGUUCAUGUCAAAUAUACUGAAUCAGCACCAUCAACGACGAUUGAUAUGACUUCUAAUUCAACAUUAUCAGUUCCUUGUGUUCGACUAGCAAAGAAAAAAAAAAGAAGAAAACAAUCAAAUUGA